ACGGCUAAAUAAAUUUGGGAACUAGUUCAUAAUUUGUGUAAGUGUUUGUAAGUUCAAAGUGGUACUUUCAUUGUUGUUGUUUGUAGUAACUAGUUGUUAAUCUAGGGUUUGUAAUUUCUACUACUACCAAUUAGGUACAUGUUUGUACAUUUUGUUGUCGUUUCAUGUUUGUUGAUGCAUUGAAUGUUUUAAAUUUGUCAGUUUUUUACUGACUAUUUGCAGUAGGAAAUCUAAUGAAAUGUUUCAGGUGACGCUAAAGAAUUCAAAAUAAUCAUGAUUAACACCUCGCAUUGGACCGGAGGAACAGACGAGGAAUAUGAAACUCAAUUUUUUGGUUUUGGUGCCCAACGAUUUAAAAUAGCUGUCCGGCAGAUGGUAGAACAAAAAAUACAAAAUGGUGUGAAAUAUAUGGAAUCUUCUAUUCAAGACUCGUUGGGAUUAAAUGAUACAGACAGAAAAACUCUUACACGUUCUUGUGAUAAGCUUAUACGUUUAUACUGUGAGAGGGCAGGGACUUCUCUUGAAGUUAUAGACAAAGAAAUCGAUCGAAUGCUAAAAAUACCUCAGAAUGUUCUGUUACCGGAAGACGAAGUUCAACUAAACCAAGUUUCUGAAGAGGAGUAUGAAAGCCUUAAAGAUGAAAUAAGUAAUUUAAGGAAACGAGUACACCGCGCUGCCUUAAUGGAGGCUGUGUUGACUGCGGAGGAUGAAGAAUUGUCAUCAGUAGAAAAAGUUUGUGAGAUUGCAACAAAAAAUAUGGAAGUAUUAGACAUACUUAAGAAGAAAUUAGAAAAUACUAACACAGUUAAGUCGGUGCACACGGAGCUCCAGUACCUUUGCUCUAGGGUACCCUUUAUGCAAAAACCUAACAAAGAAGAUCUUUUUGAAGAUUAAUUGAAUGAGGGACAAAACCAAUCUGCAUAUUAGCAGAACAACUUGAGCAUGUCAAGAAAUGAUUGGAUCAAGGACUGAAAUAUGAAGUAUGUUUAAGUAGCUGUGCCACACGGUUUCAUCUGCAAACUAGUAGAUAUUUCUCAUGUCUUAUUCAGGUACAUUGCUGCCUAAUAUCAUCAAAAUCUGUUCGUUGAUUUUCACACGAAAGAAUAUGAGACAUACAUACAACAAACUUGCGUCUAUAACACUAGGAGGAUUGUGCAAAUAUUAAUAUUUUAUGUUAUGAAAAUUAAAAACAGUAAUAACAGGUAUUAUUUUAUUGUAAAACACAUCUUACAUUAUCUAACUGUUGAGAACAACAACAUUUAUUUCAUUUUAUACAUAAAAUAUUCAUAACAUUGACUGGUUGUCACUUAACAACAAAAUAUAACAUCUAGAAUGAAUAGACUUUUAUAUAAAUUAAAAUAGUAUCUAAAAUGUUUAUAACUUGGCACAACAACAAUCUGUAGACAUUUAUUGUUUUAAAUAAAAUAUGCAAACUUUACUCAUCUACGCACAUUAGUUAUCCUAUAUCAUCUUGACAAUUACAAUUUAUCUUUUUUUUAUUUUCAAGUAAAAUUUAGUAAUUCAGGUAACAUUUAAACUUACUACUAACUCUUUGCAUAGAAUUGGUUUUUUGUGAAGAUGAGUUCUUUGUUUUGUAUUAAAGAAACUUUUCUAGGGAUUAUUUUAAUGUCAAAUGAGACUUAUAACUUUUGUCAGUUCUCUAAUUGACUGACUAUAUUAUACUAGAAUCUUUUCAGUGUAUAGAUUUGUUAACAAUUUAAACAAUAUGUUUUAUGUUGUACCCAUAAAUGACAUGUUUGCAGACAAAAAAGUUUUAUAACAUUAUGUCAUAUUCAUUCAUAUAGGGAAUAUAUUUUCUUCACGUUAAUCUUGUUACGUUUUAUCUUAGUAAGGAAAUAGGCUAGAAUACAAAACUGAGAAACCAAAGCCAUAUAGAGUCGGCCUGAUGUGAAAUGUGUGUAAUAUGUGUGAAAUGUUCCAUAGAAUUACAAUAACAGGUGUAUUGAUAAAAUUAAAAUUGCAAAAGUCAUGUUUGUUGAAGGGAGCCCCCAUUAAACAUUUGUUUUAUUUGUUUGUUUGUCAGCAAUACAAAUACAUCAUAUGAAAAUAGCAGCUAUCUAGCUAUUAGAUGCACAACAUACAGCCUGGUAUAUGAGACAUGGAGAUUACAGAUUAUUAAUAGGAUUUUGUUUGUAUUCAUUGGGUAAAGAACCUUUACUAGCGGCUAUUUUACUUCAAUGAUUACUAUUAAUCUGCUUUUAACUUGCUUUUGAUUGCUACUAAUCACAACCUUAACAGUCAAAUGAAUAAUUAACGUUCAAAAAUUUUUAUAAAGAAAUUAUUUACUUUUUUACAAAGUAAGAGCCUGUUGUGUAUUUCACAAUUGUAAAAUAUUGAAGAUCAAUUUUCACAGCUUUCUGAUAUGUCAUGUUUAGACUUUAACUUAUCUGUAGGUUUAAAUGACAAAUAAUAUACGGAAUUUUGCGUCAAAAGAAUGAAGGGUAUCGACUAUUGGGAUACGGGAACAUUAUUAGCAAGCAAUGAAACUGGCAGGUCUGUAGUUUGUAAUAAUUGUUAAAAAAAACGUUACUGAACUAAUUUGGGAUAACUGCUUUACUUUCAAUGUUUUUGUUUAAUUUAACAGUGUUAAGAUUUUAUUUAGUUUAUUGUCACAAUCCUAUAAAUAUUUUUUGUUUUCAACUUAAAUAAACUGUAAUUGUCAAUUUUGUUGAAUCUAUAACUAUCUAUGUCUAGCUAUAUCACAUUUAUGACUUAGUUUACUUUGAAAAAGUAACAGUU